AUGACUACCAGUAAAGUCCUCGUGCUAGGUGCCACCGGCCCUUCAGGCAUCAGUCUCCUCCGAGAGCUGCUCUACCGCGAGCAUAGCACCGUUGCUUAUGUUCGCAGUCCCUCCAAGAUACCCGAAGACAUUUCGUCGAAUCCUCUACUCACUGUCAUCAAGGGAGACAUGAAUGAUAGAGAGGCUUUGACGAAAGCGCUGUCCGGUGUCGAUAUCGUUCUUUCUUUACUUGGGCCGACAUUUGGAGCUCCCAUAUCCCCCUUUGAAGAUUACUACCGGGAUGUGGUAUUUCCUGCCAUGCGCGACAACAACGUCAAGCGUAUUAUCGCCUCCUCGACCGUCUCUGCACCAGACCCUAAAGAUUCCUUCGUCUUGCGAAUCACUUUACUUAAACUUCUCGUUAGGGUGGUCGCCCCUGGUGCCAUACCAUCUAUCCAGGCAGUCGCAAAAGCUUUCCAAGAGGAAGCGACAGACUUUGAAUGGACUUUGUUCCGCUUUCAAAACAUCGUGGGCAAGACGGAUGAAGAAAGUUUCAAAAAGGAUCGGGAAGGCGUCAUUCACGCUGGAUAUGUUGGAGACUCCAAAAUCGCUGGUUGGAGCAAUCGCAAUGCGAUUGCACGGUGGGUGGUUGGUCUUGCUGAGAGCGGGCAGAGUGAAUGGGAUAAAAAGAUGCCUGCUGUGGGCCAAAGGAGCGGAUGA